AUGGACAGUAUGAGGGUAACGGGGAGGUCCAAACACAGCUUCCUCUUUGUAUUUCUUGUCGUUUUUGCACUUGUACACAUCGUCCAUGCACAGGAUCAAACAGACUUCAUUAGCUUAGACUGUGGGCGGCCUGAUAAUUCUAGCUACAGUGAGAAAUCAACAACCAUAAACUACAUUUCGGACGCGGCUUUCAUUGAUACUGGCGUGAGUAAAACCAUAUUGCCCAAAUACAGAGCCAAUCUUCAACAGCAAAUAACAUACCUCAGAAGCUUCCCUGAAGGAAUCCGAAACUGUUACAAAAUAAGCGUGGAAAAGGGUACUAAGUACUUGAUCCGAACAACGUUCUUUUAUGGCGACUACGACGGCCAAAACAAGACUCCUAGAUUUGAUCUGCACAUAGGAGCUAAUUUUUGGGAUGCCGUGAAAUUCGACUCCGUAUCUUCGGGCGUCGUAAAAGAGAUCAUACAUACUCCUCCGCGGAACUAUGUCCAUGUGUGUCUUGUCAACACUGGAUUUGGGACACCGUUUAUACAAGCAUUAGAAUUGAGGCCUUUGAAAAAUACCACUUAUAUGAUUGGUGAUUCUCAUGCCUUGUCAUUGUUUGCAAGAUUUGAUCCUGGUUCAACCACCAAUAGUUCAUACAGGUAUCCGUACGACGGUUAUGAUCGAAUCUGGAUCCCCUUUUACGACAAUGCGUGGACUGAAUUAACUUCAUCACUCACCGUUGAUCCCGAAACUCACAUCGACUACUGGCCACCGUCCAUUGUAAUGAGCACGGCGGCAACGCCCAAAGAUGAGAGUGGUAAUUCCAUUGAAUUCCACAUUGAGCCACCAAAUGAAAGUGACAGAUAUUAUCUUUACAUACACUUUGCCGAGCUUCGACGCCUUGAAUCAGACGAUUACAGAGCUUUCAAUAUCAACGUAAAUGGAAGGCUCUUGUAUGGACCCGUUGUUCCCGACUACUUAUCAUCGACCACCAUCUACAGCACCAAACCCAUAACUGGGGAAUCAAACUAUAGCUUUUCGAUCGACAAACUCGAAAAUUCAACUCUGCCACCGAUUCUCAAUGCGAUUGAGUUCUAUACUCUGCUGGAUUUUUCGCUAUCAGAGACACAGCAAGAUGAUGUGGAAGCCAUCACUAGCAUAAAGUCAACCUAUGGUGUGGAGAGAAACUGGGAUGGAGACCCUUGUGUUCCCAUCGGAUACUUAUGGUCAGGUCUAAACUGUACCAACGAUGUUUUCGAUCCUCCUCGAAUUAUGUCCUUGGACUUGUCGUCCAGAGGAUUAACUGGGAAUAUAACCGAACACAUAUCCAAACUCAGCAUGUUAGAGUCCCUGGACUUGUCAAACAAUAGCUUAACUGGAUCAGUGCCCGAAUUUUUGUCUUCGCUACAAUACUUAAAAGUCCUGAACCUAGGAAGAAACAAACUCACUGGCUCAAUUCCAACUAAACUUAUUGAAAGAUCAAGGAGUGGUUCGUUAUCAUUAAGUUAUGAAGAUAAUCUAGAUUUAUGUGCCUCGUCUCCAUGCAAAAAGAAGAAGAAGAGCAAUAACAAUAUUCUGAUUCCGAUAGCAGCAUCGGUUGGUGGAUUGGUAAUCCUGAUUUCAAUAGCAGCAACCAUUUUAGUGACUCUGAGAAAGAAAAAGAAACCAGGUGUAACUGUGAAUGCGGAAUCCAAUGUUAUAAAUUGGAAUGAUUCAAUAUUGGAGUCUAGAAAACGACAAUUCACGUAUGCUGAGAUCAUAAAAAUGACAAACAACUUUGAGAGAAUUCUUGGAAAAGGAGGAUUUGGAACAGUUUACCAUGGCUGCUUAGAUGAUAACAGCACUCAAGUAGCUGUGAAGAUGCUUUCUCCUUCAUCGCUUCAGGGCUAUCAACAAUUUCAAGCAGAGGUUAAGCUUCUUAUGAGAGUUCAUCAUAGAAACUUGACUAGUCUUAUUGGGCAUUGCAAUGAAGGAACCAACAUGGCUCUAAUUUACGAGUACAUGGCAAAUGGAAAUUUAGAUUCUCAUCUUUCAGGUGCUAGCAAUGGAAAGGUUCUGGGUUGGGAAGGAAGACUUAAAAUAUCAAUUGAUGCAGCACAAGGAUUGGAGUAUCUUCACAACGGCUGCAAGCCACCUAUUGUGCACAGAGAUGUCAAGACCACAAAUAUCUUGUUAACUGAGAAUUUUCAAGCCAAACUAGCUGAUUUUGGUCUUUCUAAAAGUUUUCCUACUGAUGAUGGCACACAUAUGUCUACAAUUGUUGCUGGCACACCUGGAUAUCUUGAUCCUGAGUACUACAUGACAAAUAGGCUAAAUGAAAAAAGUGAUGUUUAUAGCUUUGGAAUUGUACUAUUGGAGAUGAUCACGAGUCGACCUGCCAUAAGGAGAACUCAUGAUCAUGAUGAGAGGACUCACAUAAGCCAAUGGGUCAGUUUCAUGCUAGCUAACGGGGACAUUAAGAGUAUUGUUGAUCCAAGGUUAAAUGGAGAUUUCGAAGUCAACUCUGUUUGGAAAGCUGUGGAAAUAUCAAUGGCUUGUGUAUCUGUUUCAUCCACUAAAAGGCCAACCAUGACUCAGGUAGUGACUGAACUAAAUGAGUCUUUGGCAAUAGAAUUAGCUCGAAGGAACAAUAGUCGACUGACAGACUCCACAAAUUCAACUGACAUAUUAUCUAUAAAUAUGACUACAGAACUCAGUCCAAUGGCAAGGUAG